AUGGACAGUUCUUUCAAUGAAACUCUCGUUCCUCCACUGGGGACCAGUUUCUACAAGCGGAAAACCUUCAACGUAUUCGAUGGGCGCAACUUCCGUGGCAAAACGUUCUUCAGUGUCUCGUGGCGAGUAGACGCACACAUAUACGCGACCGAGAGUCCACCUAGCCCUGGCUACCAAGGCACCGUGUAUAUCAUCUUUGUACACUAUGCAACGCUCGUCGCGCCAGAGCCUAUGUGUUACAUCAGUGAACCGACGAGGUUUACUGUGACACCAGGUGACGAUUCUGUGCGCGCUGCUGCACUGGAGCCGCAGUCGUGGACCAAGACAACGAGCCUAGAUCAAUCUACUAUUCUAUACAGCUCAAAGAUUGAUUUCGCCCAAGAUUUUCCCAUGUUCAAUAACGGAGGUGCUCAAGAAUUUACAUUCAGCGCUGCGUACAGUGAAACCACUGUUGGAAGUCUCAAGCAUAGCGGUCGAAUUGUAGGACAUCAGACCGAGUUUUCCUUCGAUGAAAUCCCCUAUCUUCCGUACCCGGAGGAAAACUUUCGCGCUAUCUCCGUAUUCUCCACAACGAAAGCGACAGGUUCUUUGGAAUUUCGAUUCGCUUUGGAGAAUGAAAACUACAAUAUCACUACCAAGCCUGGAAUACCAAUUGUGAUAGACUUGUUCCCAUUGGCGGCGCCGUAA